CAUGUGCCUUGCGAUUGCUUCUGUUGAUGCAAUGGAGAGGUUGUAAGGGUCCGAAUGAUGCGGAUAAGAGGUACAACAACAGGUCGAAACUGUAUCGCGACAAGGCGUGGGCUCAUGACUGGGUCGGAGUUGCUGGCGAGUCCGGGUGCGGUGCUGCUGUGUUUUUGACGGAGGACGAAGGGGCGACCUGGUACUGUUGUGGUGGCAUCAUCAGGUCUGAAAUUGACAAGGCAACGGCGGAGAAGGGCAAGGUCGACGAGCGAGAAUUGAGGAAGUUCUUCCUCACUUCGGUGUACGAUGAGCAGGGUGCCGACUGGGUCAAGACUGACCACAAGGUCAGCCUCGACCUCGCUCUGUUCAAGGGGUAUGGUCAGAAGGCAUUCGCUAUGAAAGCCUUCGGCGGCAAUCGAGAUGGGAAUGCCUUGAAGAUGCUCUUACCCAUUGAAGUCCUCAGCAAGACCAACGGGUAUAGGAAAAGUGGUCAAUUCCCGACGGUCGCCGCUGGUUACCAGCUCUCGUUACCUCUUGUCCCGUUCGAUGCUCUUGUCGUGUUGACACCGCAACAACCUGCCGGCGGGAAGCAGAAAGUCAUUACUUACCAGAGGCGUUCGGGCGGUGGUCCAUCGGGAAACCUUCCGAAGAAGAAGGGGCUCCCCAUACCUCCUUCGGAUUUUCGUGGAAGCUCGCGUUCUGGUGCCAUCUCGUGCUCGCGGGACAACGCUCAGCGUGGAACAGACCAGGAGUCGGACGAAGAAACGGAAGAAGACGAACAGGUUCACCGAAUGCAAUCGCGGUUGUUAGCGACACCUCAGCACAUCCAGGGCGAAGGCUCUUGCGAUGUGAAUGCGGGGCGGGAAGCUGGUGGAGGUGUCGAAGCCCAGGUGAGGGACGAUGGGGAAUAUGACGAGGAUGAAGGGGAGUAUGGUACUGGAGAGCGCCGAGAACAGGUUGGAGGAGGGGCAGGCCAUAUGGAGUGGGAAAAGGUUGCGGCGGGCGGUGGGGUGGGCGGUGGUGCUGUGCGUGGUUCGGAAAUGGGAGUCGAGGAAUUGGACGACGAAGGAGAAGAUGUGGAUGCUUUCGCGGGGCUUGCUUCCAAGGGGAGGGGAAAACGCACUGCACAAUCGUCGCCGAAGCCUGCUGCGCCUAAGAAACAGGCUCGAAGAAAAACUGUGGACGAAGCUCGGGUCGCAUUGGAUGCAUCUCAAGGAACACUUGGUGACAUCGAUGUGAAAUGCAAAUCAAGUGCUCGGAUUCGCAAAACGUCACAACCCAAGAACCCCGUGCGGCCAUCAAGGCGUCAGAAAUCGGACGACUCCAGCGACAAUGCUGAAGGUGUGGCCCCGUGCUUGCUCUCCCUCCCUGACGACGACAAGCAGGAGACGAAGAAACCCAGUGCGGUCAACAUGACGCAGUGCUUCUUCCUCGAGUACGACGACGACGGCAAAAAGAGAAGAGACCCGCCUAGGGUGGUGAUUGACGUCGUGCAGAUUCUUCCAAUUCCAGCGGGAGAUAUAGCCUUCAACCAGCGAUCGCUGAACUUGGUCAUCGUUGUAGGCAUCGAUGCGGCAAUCAAGGCAUCAACUCGUCCAAGGUCCGCGGAUGAUCCGGCCCCGUGGGAUCCACCGGAGUUGGUGCUGGCUCUGAUUAUGCCAUCGCUUGAGCAUCCGGACAGCCAAGGGACACGAGUCCUUCCGCAGGAAUUUGAUCCCGAUAGGGCAGAUGAGUAUUUCUAUUACCUGGUUGCCGGUCAACGUACUUCCGAAGCUAUGAAAAGAGCAGUGGCGAGGAAAUCUGAAGUUGUUGAGGUGUUCGACUUUCGGAAUUAUGAUCGUGUAUGGAUCAUUUAUUUCGACGACGACCACACGAACGGGUACGUGUAUGUUUCAACAUACGACAACACGAGAGCAGACCGUGCUAUGUUGCCGUCGUUCCACCAAGCCUGCCAGGACAUCAGACGAUUUUGGGACUUGAAGAAACGAAAUGGACCAGUGGGAAACGUGUCCAAAGGGGAUCCCGCCGGUGUGGCGCACCAGGAAGAGUGGAGGAAAUUUUUGAGACUUUGCAUGGGGAAGUCAUGUAAAAAAUCAUUGUGGACGGAGUUUUUCUCUACGAAGUGGCAAACGGACUGGACGGACAGAAUGAGGGGAUACAUGAAUGUCGCCACAUGCAAGGACAGGAUAUGGCCAUUGGUAAAGGAGUUUUUUCAGAAGUUCGAGGCAAGGGAGUUGCCGCUACACGAUAACAAAUGCCCGAAGGACUUGCCGGGGAAGCAGGAGGGGCGGUUGUCGGGCCAAUUCACUGAAGAGGUGAUGGGGAAGAAAAGGGUGUUCCAUUGCAUAGCGGCUAGGGACGGGGGACCGAAUGCUACGGUGUCCUUCAAAGAUCUCGUUCCGUUAAACUUCAAAUGUUUUGGAGAUAUGACGGCACGAGAGAAAGAAAUUGCAUUCCGGUUGAUGAUCGAUAAGAAAGUCCUCGCCACUACUAGACUGAUUCCUCCGGGGAAGUUGAAUAUGACCAACCUCCUCGACAUCAUAAUGCGCGAGAGGUACAUGAUGCGUCUGUUCAACUACAUCGUCUUCAAAUCGGAUAACAGAGAGGCGAAAGAAUGGAAGGACGGGAACUUCUUCGACUAUGAAAACGUGGAGGAGAGGUUUGUCGUUAAGGCAGGCGAAUGGGAUGAGGAAAGGGAUAGGAUCCCUUUGGAAUACGUCCGGAGGGUUCCGAAAAGACUCGGCAGAGAGCAAGAGGAAAAAAACCUGAAAGGAACUGGUCUAAAGGCCACGGAGGCAUUGUACAUGGACGCGUCAUUCCACUUCAAGUUCUUCGUGUACCAUGCCAUAGGAAAAAUGGACUUGCUGACAGCUGAGUUGCGACGUUUGAAGAACGUUGCGCUUCAUCUGUGUUGGGAGAAGAAAGAGCGACUGUCGACAUUGCUGCCGGUCAACAUGCACCCGAAGGAGUUGCUGCCCACGGCCGACGAAAUUGUGACUGCAGCCACGAACUUGGAUUGCAAGGCCGCCAUCCUUGAUGUCGCAAACCCGAAGGACUGCCUUGCAUAGAGGCUAGAUGAUUACCCCCGAAGCCCUCGCUAUGAGGCCGAUCGGGGUAGAGGCGACUCCCGCAGCCGAUGGGAGAGGGACGACAGAUACGAGAGAUCGGACCGAGAUGGAUAUAGGGACGACAGAUACGAGAGGUCGGAUCGAGAUGGCUACAGAGGAAGUAGAUAUGAGAGAGGAGAUCGGGACUGGGAACCACAAGAUGGGUCACGCGGACGGUUUGAGCGCGGGGGAGAUGCGAGAGAGCAGCGCAACGAGACGCGAGGAUGGUACAACCGAGGGGACCGACGCGAUGAGUCACGAGGACGAUAUGACUCGGGGGACCGCCGGGAUGAUUCGCGAGGGCGCUAUGACCAAGGAGGGUUUGGAGGAGACCGGCGCAACGAUCCACGCGGUCGGAAUGAGAGAGGGGGAUAUGGCGUCUCAUCAGAACCAUAUCCCAAGUCGCCUGACCCCAAGGCGGCCAGGAAUUCGAUGUCUAGAGGCACARACGACAGGGCGUCUACUCCCAGGAACUCAUGCGUCUACUGUAGAGGAGAAGAUCAUAUCAAGAGGGAUUGCCCGGACCUCAAAUGGGCAAUAGAAGAGGGACUUGUCGUGCUCGACGAACGCAAGUACGUCAAGGGGGCAGAUGAUCUCGGAGAUGUAUCGAUGUUCCCUUCGAUAAAGGAGAAUGUCAAAGCAAGGAGAAUAAAGACGAGUAAAGGAAUGGAGCCGUUCAGGAGCCAGAGCAUCAAGAUAACCUUUGAGGGGGACAUAGCGACCACACCCAUAAGGGUGGCAGCCACCAAGUCGGCGAGAGGGCCUACAUCGAAGAAAACUAACACGGAUUACGUGAUGGCGGAGAAGGACGGGCAGCGGGUCGAUGGAGAGGAGGUUAUCCUUUCGACACGAAAGCGGGGAGUGAAGAAGUUCUUAAUGAAGAGUUCGCUGGACGAGAUUGACACCCCAUGCAGUGCUGUAUUCUGGAGUACCUGGCGGCAUCGAAGCCAGCUCGUGAUGAGUUACAGAUGAUCACGCGGAAGACUCGCAUACCUCUAUCGAAGGAGGGUCAGGGGGCCCCUAAGGCGGAAGCUUCUUCAGU